UUCCCCCGAACAGAGGCGGCGACGGGGAAGGAGUAAAUUAGGAAAGGAGGAACUCUGUCGCUCCAGAUGCUUUAAACUACGACUCCCAUAAUUCCGUGCCAUUGGGUGUGCUAGCAGGGUUUCUGGGAGCUGUCGUACAAAACAUCUGGAGGAAGAAACAUUCGCUACCUGUGGAUUAAGGAGACGUUUCCUUUGUUAGGAAGCCGCUUAGGUGAAUAUGGAGGGAGAGCUUCGGAAUAUAAUUGUCUUCAAUGCUUCCAAAAAGGAGAUAUUUACUAUGAACAAUGGUUAUAGAAUUCUACAGAAAAAACUUCGUAGUAAUUGGAAAAUACAGAGCUUAAAAGAUGAAAUCACCUCAGAGAAGCUGUCUGGAGUAAAACUAUGGAUUACAUCAGGACCCAGAGAAAAAUUCACAGCCGCUGAGUUUGAGGUUCUGAAGAAGUAUCUAGAAAGCGGUGGAGAUAUUUUGGUGAUGCUGGGAGAAGGUGGUGAAUCUCGAUAUGACACCAACAUUAACUUCUUGUUAGAAGAGUAUGGAAUCAUGGUCAAUAAUGAUUCUGUGGUAAGAAACGUGUAUUAUAAAUACUUCCAUCCUAAAGAAGCUUUGGUCUCCAAUGGAGUUUUAAAUCGGGAGAUCAGCAGAGCUGCGGGAAAAGCAGUGUCUGGCAUAAUAGAUGAAGACAACAGUGGAAAUGAUGCACAAGCUCUGACUUUUGUAUAUCCAUUUGGUGCUACGCUAAAUGUGAUGAAACCAGCAGUGGCUGUUCUGUCCACAGGAUCUGUGUGUUUUCCUCUUAAUAGACCCAUCUUGGCUUUUUAUCAUUAUAAGAACCAAGGUGGCAAGUUAGCUGUACUAGGAUCUUGUCAUCUGUUCAGUGACCAAUAUUUGGAAAAAGAAGAAAACAGCAAGAUCAUGGAUGUACUUUUCCAGUGGCUUACAACAGAUGACAUUCAUUUGAACCAGAUUGAUGCAGAAGAUCCAGAGAUAUCAGAUUAUACCAUGCUUCCAGAUAUAGCCACCCUAUCAGAGCGAUUGAGAGUCUGCCUGCAGGAGGGUGAUGAGAACCCACGAGACUUCACAACACUCUUUGAUACAUCUAUAUAUCAACUGGAUACCACAGCACUUCCCAAAAUAAUUAAAUCUUAUGAGCAGCUGAAUGUGAAGUAUGAACCACUUCAGCUAAUUCAGCCUCAGUUUGAAACUCCACUGCCUGCACUCCAGCCAGCAAUUUUUCCACCAGCCUUCAGAGAGCUGCCUCCUCCCAGCCUGGACUUGUUUGAUUUGGAUGAAACUUUCUCAUCUGAAAAAGCUCGUCUUGCACAAAUAACUAACAAAUGUACUGAAGAUGAUCUGGAAUUUUAUGUCAGAAAAUGUGGUGAUAUCCUAGGGGUGACCAACAAACUGCCAAAAGAGCAGCAAGAUGCCAAACAUAUCUUGGAGCACAUUUUCUUUCAAGUGGUGGAGUUCAAGAAGCUAAAUCAGGAGCAUGAUAUUGAUACAAGUGAAGCUGGAUUGCAGGGAAGCUUCUGAACAUGUACCUUUCCCUAGAUGAAGAGUACAAUUACCCUUGGGAGAGGAACAAAAGAGAAUAGCAUACCUUUUCUUUUUGUGCUUUUUUCAAUGUUCUUCCUGCCAUUUUUCUGUGCCCUAUGAAAUCUUGUAAAUGUGUAAAUAGUAUAAAAGUUCCAUUGCCUCACAGGCAGCAAUAAUUUUGAUACAUUGUUAUGUAUAAAACAUUCCAUAUUUAAUGUGUGCUUUUUUAAAAAUAAAAAUGUCAUU